AUGUGGGCACUUGUCUUCUUAGUGUCCACAGCGGUUUGCCGUGAGACCAUCAGUUUUGCUGAGGCGCUGCAUGAAGUGCCCGUGCCCAUCAAGGGUUUGUUGCAGUGUGCUCGCUGUGACUAUGAUAUAGGCUGGACUUUACGUCAGGACAUAAAGAGCUCGAUGGUGGGGGCAAGCACCCCGCCUCGUCCAUUAGCGUUUGUAGUUUCUGUGUACGAGUCAGCAGGGGCACCGUCUUAUUACUCUAGCGAAGCUGGCUGGAUUGUAACAUACAACACGGGGUUCUUUAAUGCAUCUUGGAUUUGA